CCCAAAAUACCCACCUCAUUGCUUUCUAUAUUUGCCUUUCUUGUUCCAACUAAUCCUCGCAACACAGAGCAAAAAUCUCUCUCUCUCUCGCACCCCCUCCCUCAUCUAAUAACACCAUCAUAUCGCCAUGCAAACUCCCUCCUUCGCCUACAUAUCCUCUAUUGAAAGUGCCUAUAUAGAAGCUGAUGACCAAGGAGAUGAGGAGUCCCUCUUUCUUUCUCUUAGCCCUCCUGGACAACAACACAUUACUAGACACCCAAAUCAUCGCCGUUCUUCAAUCCAUCCUAGGAAUAUUCAAGAAAACCCUAGUAAUUUUGAAAGUGGUGUAACAAUAGCUCUCCAUAUUGGUCCUCCAACAGCCGGAGCUAGGACCAGCAACCACCCAGAUAAUCACAUUGGCUCUCUAGUUGAAGGACAGUACUGGAUUCCUUCCCCAGCUCAAAUCCUUGUCGGCCCGACCCAGUUCACUUGCUCUGUCUGCAAUAAAACAUUCAAUAGAUACAACAACAUGCAGAUGCAUAUGUGGGGGCAUGGAUCACAAUAUCGAAAGGGACCCGAUUCACUAAAAGGACCAAAACAAGCUUCUUCUACGCUAAGACUGCCAUGUUAUUGCUGCGCUGAAGGAUGCAAGAACAACAUAGAGCACCCAAGAUCAAGGCCAUUGAAGGACUUCAAGACUCUACAAACACAUUACAAAAGAAAGCAUGGUGCAAAACCAUUUGGAUGCCGAAAAUGUGGCAAACCUUUUGCAGUUAGAGGAGACUGGAGGACACAUGAGAAGAAUUGUGGUAAGCUUUGGUUCUGCAUAUGCGGGUCUGAUUUUAAGCAUAAGAGGUCCCUUAAAGACCAUGUGCGUGCUUUUGGUGAUGGCCAUGCUGCGCAUACCGUGGACAUGUGUCAUGAUAUUGAUGAAGAAGAAGAUCAAGAGGACGAUAUUAAUAAUAUGGAAGAUUAACAUUAUGAUAA